AGUUCCGUCGCUAAGCACUCGCCUCCCGCACCGAUGCUCCGCGGAGCGCGCUGAGCACGUGGCUGCAACCUCCCUGUGAGCUGCCGCGGCGCGUGUGAUGGGCUAGCCGCCCAUGUACGCCAUGUGGCUCACGGCCGCCGCGGCGACGCUGCUCGCCAUCGCGGCUCUCGCUUCCCAAGACGGCGAGGCGUGGCAACGGGCGGCGCACGCGGCUAUCCGGCGGCGGCUGGAGGAGGCGGAGGCGGACGCGCGCGGGGGCAGUGCGCGGGCGCGCAACGUGGUGCUGGCCGUGGGCGACGGCAUGGGGCUCUCCACCGUCACCGCCGCACGCAUUCUCGCCGGGCAGCGCCUCGGAUCCUCCGGCGAGGACCACCACCUCACCUGGGACCGCUUCCCCGCCACCGCACUCGCCAGGACGUACAACGCUGAUGCGCAGACGGGCGAGUCUUCGGCGUGUGCGACGGCGCUGCUGUGCGGAGUGAAGGCGAACCGAGAGACGGUGGGGCUGGACGCGCGCGCGCGCUUCGAGGACUGCCCGUCCAGCCACACGUCGCGCGUGCCGUCGCUGCUCUACUGGGCCCAACACAAAGGCAUGGCGACAGGCAUCGUGACGAACACACGUGUGACGCACGCGACGCCCGCUGCCCUGUAUGCCCACUCGGCUAGCCGCUACUGGGAGGACGACUCCAAGAUGUCGCCAGCCACGCGAAAGAUCUGCAAGGACAUCGCAAGACAGCUCGUCGAAGACACACCAGGUCGCAAUAUCACGGUGGUGCUGGGCGGCGGGCGGCGACACUGGCUGCCGAGGGAGGCGCGCGAUCCGGAGCUGGACGCUGAGGAGGGCCGCCGGCUGGAUGGCCGCAACCUCAUCGAGGACUGGCUGCGCGACAAGAAGCGGCGCGGCCUGCGCGCUGCCUACGCCUGGAACCGCCAGCAGCUCAACCGGCUGGCGCGCACUCCGCUGGACCACCUCAUAGGACUGUUCGCGUACUCGCACCUGGACUUCGAGGCGGACCGCGACACAGGUCCCGAGGGCGACCCGUCGCUCGCCGAGAUGGCGUUAGCCGCGCUGCAGCUACUGCGCCGCAGCCCCGCCGGAUUCUUCCUCUUCAUAGAAGGCGGGCGCAUCGACCACGCCCACCACUACAACAACGCGUACCGCGCGCUGGACGAGACGCUGGCGCUGGACGCGGCGCUGUCCGCCAUCCUGCCGCUGGUGGACCUGCGCGACACGCUCGUCGUCGUCACAGCCGACCACUCGCACGUGCUCACCAUGGGCGCUCUCAACGCGCCGCGCGGCAACCCCAUACUCGGUGUGGACGGCAAGGUGUCCGACGUGGACUCGCUGGAGUACUCGGUGCUGCUGUACGGCAACGGGCCGGGGUACGCGUCGCCGCGCCUGGCGCCGGCCAACAGCAGCGGCGACCGCAACGCCGUGCACAGCUCGGCCGUGCCGCGCCAGUGGGCGACGCACGCGGGGGAGGACGUGCCCGUGUACGCGGCGGGCCCGCUCGCCACGCGCCUCUUCGCGGGCAGCGUCGACCAGACGUACGUGCCGCACGCCGUCGCCUGGGCCGCCUGCCUGGGCCGCUACGCGUCGCGCUGCACCAACGCCAGCGCCGGCGGCGGCGCGCACGACGCGGAUGGCCCGCCCGGCGCCUGCGACCGCGAGCGGGAGCGCGAUCGCGCCGGCGCCAGCGUCGUCUUCCUGGCGAGCAGCGUGCAGGCGGACGCGUCGGGGCCCGGACACGGACACGGCUCCGGCCCCGCCUCGGGCAGCGGGCCCAGCAUGCACAGGGCGCUGGCCGCGCCCGCGCUGCUGUGGCUCGCCGCCGCCGCCAGGGCGCGCCUCUGAGUAGCGCCACAGCCACCGCUGCCCGGUGGCAACUGAGUCGUGCCGCCUCUUCUCCUUCCCCACCGGAAACACCGUUUCCUCGCUCAGAUUCGUCGCGAAUGCUCUUACUGGAAUUAACGUCAUAAUCGAAUCGUACUUCCUGUUAAUUACCGCGCCCCGCUAGCGACGACGCCCGUUCCUUCGAUUAAUUUUACAGGGACGGCUAUCUCGCGCGAGUUUAAUGCUCGUAAGUGCUACCUUAUUUCCGUGCAAUUUGUUGGCUGCUGAAUGGAAUACACCGGAUUAUUUUGAUUAGAAAACACUUUCCACCUCUAGAGUCAUAGGAAUUUUCCUUUCGUUCCGAGUAUUUUGCGGGUUUUUACGACUGUUUCACAGACUUUCAUAUGUUCUGCUUGGAUCACAAUUUACAAACUUUCACAAUGUGCGCCCUCGAGCAAAACUAUCAAUAUUACGCUGUUGCGAAGACUGUACGUGUUACGCAUGUUAAGCUCGAUCUUACAAACUGUGGAUCACGGGUGUGCCACUAUAGUGCGCGUCACGUCGGAAGGCGCGCUAUGUAGAGAGAGAGACAGCGACAGGAAGCGUGGAGGGGGUGUGACUGCUUACGCGGGGAGACAGAUAGAGGUCUUACCGAGUUCUGACGAGGACAACGACGAAUAAGGUUGCAUUGCCACUCAUGUAUAGCUACGUCUCACUCUUGAGGCGAGCAUUUAUCUUCAUGCAGUGUGACUCGCGGCAUGAUUGCCUGACGUAGACCGUAUCGCAUUGGCUGUCGGGAUUAAUAGAGGGGAGAGGCACGGAACUGUUCAAAAGUGGACCGCCUUGCGACGUUAUGUGGACUAUAAACACAAACAACAUCAAACGAAACUCAAGUUUCCUUACAGCAGACAGCGCAUCGAACACUACUCAGAAAAAGGAAAGAAUAGAGAACUGUAUACAGUGCUCUGUUGACCUGAAAUAUGUAUAUAUGGGGGGGGGGGGGGGGAGAGGGGAGGAAGGAACUGAUUUUAUCAUCUUGUACUGUGUGGUACUACGCCAUAAAUGCGCUCCUCAACUUAUCAGAUUGAAACCCAGAUUUCAUAACAAGAAUUUGUAAUAAACAGACAAAUCGUAUGUGUAAACGAAAAGCACAACAUUGUAUAUGUUCUACAAUUUUUGUGAUGUGUCCAAGACAUCUGAAAUACCUCUGAAGUUUAUUACGGUGGGACCCUUUCCAGAGUCUAUUUUACGUUUUCUGGCACGCCUCUCUACCCUUUGCAUUGUUUCCCUCUUAAAGCGCUGUUCAUUAGAUUGCGUACAAGUUCUCGUGCAAAUUGGGAAAAUAUCAUAAGUACUACACGUAUUCCUGAGCUAUUUAACAGACAAGUGUUGAGAAGAAAAUCGCGGGGCAUCCUGUUUCUAUUUCGAUCAAACGAGAAACUUCAUACGGAUGCAACACCGGUUGGGAGCAUAAUUUGUAAAACUACACUCUUACGUAUAUUUCAAGUAUUAAAAACAACUAACUUAAAACUAAAAUUCUUAUCCCGAAUUUAAUAACGUUGUCUACUCAUAACAAACUAUUCUUGUGGACUGUUAUCAGGAGACCAGGUCACUAGAUCGUGCUGCCAUGCAAUACAGCCUCUAGUUUUCGCUUCUCAAUGGUCGUGUUGUCACCCUUCUGUCAUCAAGUCGCUGUAACAACGCAGACAAUUGGAAUGACUCACACAAAACUUCACUGAGACUACCCAGUUUAAAAGCGAUUAGUAAAAUCGGGAUUACACUCAUCGGGAUGAAAACCCACCUUGCUCAGGCAGACGGAUGAGAUUACACACAAUUAGAGACUGAACGUAACGGAGCUUCAUAAGCAGACACGAGGCUGGAAAUAAAUUAUAUCACAUACUUUGUUGUUUUCCUAGAGUCUAACUUUCUGUAAGAUUGUAUUGUCUCUCAUUCCACAUACUUGACUACUGAAGAUUUUAAUUCAUCUUAGAAAUAGCGGGAGUGAUGGAAGGAAGGAGAGACCCUACAAAGCAAAUCCGUUCCUUGACGCACAGAGAGAUUAUGAGGAAGAACUGCAAGUAUUGCUUCCUUUAAAUGUUGCCUUGAAUUGUGGUCUUCAUUCUGAAAAAUAAUUUGAUGCAGCUCUCCACACAAGUCCAUCCUGUGCAACCCUUUUCAUCUCUGCCAAACUACUGCAACCAACAAGCAUUUGAAUCUGCGUGCUCUAUUCAAGCCUCAGUCUUCCUAUAAAAUUUUUAACCCGUACGCUUCCUCCAUUGUCGAGCUGACGAUUCCAUGAUGCCUCAGGAGCUAUCCUACCACCCGAUCUCUUAUUUUAGUCAAGUUCUGCCACAAAUUUCUUUUCUUCCCGAGUCUGUUUAGUAACUCCUCAUUAGUAAUCCGAUCUAGCCACCUAAUCUUCAGCUUUCCCCUGCAGCAUCACUUUUCAAAAGCUUCUUUUCUCUUCUUGUGUGAAUUGUUUACCGUCCAAGUUUAGCUUCCAUACUGGGCUACUCUCCAGACAAAUACCUUCACAAAAGAUUUCGUAAUAUUUAAAUUUGUAUUCCAUGCUAACAAAUUUAUCUUUUAAUAAAUGCUUUUUCCUGCUAUUGCCAAUUUGCAUUUUAUAUACUCUCCACAUUGAUCAUUGUCACUUAAUUUGCCGCUCUAAAAACGAAACUAAUUUACUACUUUUAGUAUCUCCUUUCCUAAUUUAAUUUCCCAAGCUUCACCUGAUUCCAUUCCACUACAUUACGUUAUGCUCAUUAUGCUUUUGUUAUCUUUUUUUUAGUUAGAUCAGAGGAAAACGUUUCUCGUCGUGAUUUACGUGCUCCAGAAGAAACGCCACUUCUUACCAUUUAUUUAUUUGUUCGUUGACAUUGCCAUAGUUUGAAACUCUCCUGGCUCUUCCUAGGUGUUGGCGUAAAAGUUCAUCGGAGUAAGUAUUAAUUACAUUUGUAGCCUUUCCGUAAGCCAGUGGCGGCUCACUGAGAUGUGGACUGGAUUAAUUUAUAAAUCUACGAAACAUCAAUGUCCUACCUAUCGUACUACCAAUAACCCCCCUUCCCCCUUCGUUGGUCUUUUUGUGCUAAUACCAUCUGCGUCGUAAAGGAAAAAGGUUGAAUUCAAAUUCAGGAGCCUUUCUUCCUGCCUAGGUGACAUUUUAUGCUGAAACAUUUUUAUUGUUGUUAAAAGUUUCCAUGUUGUGGAUGCUACACACACUUUCACAGGUCACUGAAAAUACAUGAAAACUAAGUAAAAUUUAAUUUCAGACGGCCAACAUAAAUAUGGACGUUUCCAUUUUAUUGUCAUGCUGACGUGAUAAUAAGUUGUAACUAUGUAUAUUAUUGCAGGACAAUUUAAAACUUCGUGCGAAAUUUUCUUACAAUGUUUUAGAAAGAAGUACGCAAAUAAAUAACUAAUUUGCGAAAGCUAGUGUCAGGUCCGCAAUCACGAAGAAAGUGUGAGAAAUGAUAUUUAGCAUUAUUUUUACACUUUGCAUCCCUGAACUGAUCUAUACGACUGUAGUGUGUAAUUUCGUACACGAAAUAUUUAAGUGUAUUAAAAUGUUUCUACAGUAUAUUUAUGUACCAAAGAAGAGCAUGAGACAGAGUUUGAAACUGACCCAAUUUGACGUCUGUGUGCAACUAAGUUACAAAGUGGAAAACGAGUAAUAUGUUGCUGUGUUUUUCGUCUCUUUUUGAUGUGACAAUUAAGGUAUUUCUGACGCCCAUUAUCGUCUGAAAUAUUCAUCGUAUUCUCCAUGAUAAGCAGGUUAAUUUUGUCAAUCUUCUCAGUAGAAUAUUUCGUGAAGAAAGGUUUGCUACUAAUUUAGGUUUGCUGAUGCGACUUAUUAAUGUAACAAAAUGGAUUGUUUAAAUUUUAACCUCUUGUCAACUGAUAUGUCGUUAAAACUGGAUGAUUCGCCCCUACCGUAAAGCAGUUAUUGUCUAUAUAAUUUUCUCAAAUCCUCUAUCGUCCAUAGAGUCAUUCCAUUUAGACUUCGCAUUUUACAGGCGCUCUUUCAGGACAAAGCAUCAAAACUCGAGCAAAUGAAUGGUGCCAGCAACCCUUGUCACCGUGUCACAUGACUAAUUAGGGCUCUGACUCUGCCGGUUACAUUCUAACUUAAUGUAGGCUACGUUAAAGCUCUCAGUCCAUUGAUGAUAUCUUUACAUCUCAGACAGUCGCAAUUAGCCAGGUGUGCACAAUCCAAAACAAUUAUCGAAAAAGUCAGUCCAUUCGUAAAUUACGCUGAAAAAUACAGACAGUAAGAAGAAGAAGAAAAGGUAUCCGACGAAAUCUUCUGCUUGGAAAACGAUGUGAAAUUUCUACUUCGACAGACGAAAGAAGUUAUACGUAAAAUAACGGAAUGCAUUUCGCUGAGUUUCGACAGUUACAUCAACAAGUGGAAGAAUUUGUUACAGACAUAUGCCAUUGUGCUGUAACUUGGAGUACGAAUUUGAAUCAAAUUUUGUGUUAUCACCAAUAGAAGAUCUGUAGCAUUACAAAUGCCAGACUUUUACAUGUGGCUUCUUGGAAUGAUGUUUUCUGAGAAACAUAUUGAGACACCUGUAAUCUUCAACGGAAGUUUUCUGCAUCGAUGUUAAAGACCGAAAAUCUUGGUGCUCCACUCAUAGUGAAACAAGUGUUUUAAAUCGAAAUCGAUUCUGUGACUUGUUAUUAAUGUAUAAUAGCCUCUUAAAUUUCUUUAUGCACUUCCUGUAGUACGUCGAAGGAUUAUGGUUUAGGGAUACGAUCUGUUCCUUAUUUUUAUCGUGUGCAAUUAACAUUAAACAUUAAAAUCUCUACAGUACCUUGAUUUCAUUCAUGUUUUUCGCACAAUGCAUAUUUAGGAUUUUUUAAAUAACGUACGUGCUGCCCUCUAAGAAUUCCCCUACUGGGACAAAAACGAAAUUUACGUGGAAGCACAUACUGCAUUGUACUUCUAUUUUAAUGCAAAUUAAAAUGAGAAUUUUUUAAAUUCAGAAUAAAACUGUAUAUUUUCUACUAAAAUAGCGCUAAUAAAAUUUGACUUCUUCUGGUUGGGCACCAGGACCAUGGUAAAAUCAAAAAGAUACAUUUCCGUCAAGAAAUGCUUUUUUGUUUUUUUAUAUCAAUUACAGUUUUAGCAUUCGAAGGUAUAGUGAACGUUCUUCACUGGACUUCCCAUAUGUUCAAAAAAUAACAAAGAAACAACGUGUCCAUUCCGAAGAAAAUGUCGUUGUAGUGUGAUACGCAAAGUGUACAAAUGUCACGAUUUUUCUCUAUCCGAACGAUUUUAAGACUCUAAGACUGAACACAUUAUAAUUACAGAGGAUGGCUCGUUGUUUGGACCAUACGUAGAUUUACAGAAAAGAGAAUAAACACCGUAAUGAAAUUAUGCUAUAAGAAGAGGUAUCCAGAACGUUGCUAAUUUUUUAUGGAACUGACGACAUGAUAAAUUUAUGCCCAACUCCCAAACACUCCUGAAUAAAUGUGACCCCUCUGUAUGUGUACAACGUGUGUAUAAUAAGGAACAAAGGCAACCUAAGCCAGUUCGUUGACAGUGAGCUCCAGUUGUAGUGCAUAACACUUCACGACUUUUACUGGUAUUCGUGUGCACUCUUCUUAAUUACUGACUUUUUCCUGACUACAAGAACUGUCUUUUAAAUCAGUGUAAACUUGUAAUACAUAUUAAAUGUGCAAAUAAAUAUUUGUGU